AUGGGUCAUACGUCAUCCAAGUACCUCGUCACCAACCCUUCAUCUUUUGCCACACCACACAAUCCCGGCGCAUCCAGUCUGGUCGCUGGUGAUGACACGACGCGGUGGCGCACGUACGACUACGUGAUCGUCGGAGGGGGGACUGCAGGGUGUGUUCUAGCGUCAAGGCUUUCUGAGAACCCGGAAACGACAGUUCUCCUCAUCGAGGCAGGGCAAAGCCAUGAGCAGAACCUAUUCACGCGUAUUCCUCUUGCCUUCGCCAAGCUGUUUAAGACGGUGUUGGAUUGGAACUACCAAACCACGCCACAGAAAGCGUUUAAUGGGCGUUCUAUAUACUGGCCUCGGGGAAAGAUGCUUGGAGGUACCAGCUCAAUGAAUGCUAUGAUCUAUCACCGCUGUGAUCCCGCAGACUUCGAUGACUGGGAGCGUCAAGGUGCACAGGGCUGGGGGUACGAAUCAUUGAAAAAAUACUUCCUGAAGGCGCAGAGAUACGUACCUCGCGCAGCCCACGCGAUAGACGCCUCGCACCAGGGAAGCGAUGGCCCGUGGGUCCAUACACACGUGCCCACUGCUCCUAUUUGUUCCAAGAUUCUCGAAGCUGCGGAGAACCUGGGCCUUCCCCUGCCCGAUGACUUCAACGCACCUGAUAGCAGCAUCGGAGCUGGGCCAUUCGUUGCGGCCGUUGACGAGAAGCACGAAAGAAGCUCAUCUGCCACCGCCUAUCUCACAUCCGAAGUGCUCAAACGGCCGAACCUGACGGUAGCCAUAUCAGUGACCACGGAGAAGGUACUGUUCGAGCGAACCCCAGAGGGAACCCCCAAGGCGGUAGGCGUUCAGCUGUCGGCGAGCCGGAAGGGUCCGCGCUUCGCUGUCGGUGCUUCCCGAGAGGUCAUCAUAUGCGCAGGCGCCGUUGGAUCGCCCCAGAUACUCCAACUCUCUGGCGUAGGGCCGUCGGCCCAUCUCACAAAACUCGGCAUUCCCAUUGUUCGAGACCUCCCUGCUGUCGGCGAUAACCUUCGUGACCACGUCUCCGCAGGCGCGAUUGUUUUCCGGGCGCGCAAAGGCUGGACUUGGGAUCACCUUACGCAGAACCCUUUCCAUGCGGCCGUUGCGAUCCUGCGUUGGCUACUCUGGGGCACCGGGCCUAUGGCUUCGCUGUCUUUCCAGCUCGGCAUGUUCAUCCGUUCGGACGACGAAGGCCUGCCCCUUGGCCCUCCACUUCCUACGAAGGACAUGAGCUCCUCACCCCGCUCCCCGGAUCUCGAGUUCAUGUUUGUCCCACUCACGGUAAUCAACCAGGGUCUUGGCUUUCCUCCCUUAGGGACAUACGGUAUCACAGUGGGCUCCCUUUUGCUUAAACCCUCCAGCUCCGGCGCGGUCCGCCUCCGUACUUCGAACCCGUAUGACCACCCCUUGAUUGAUGGAAACUACCUCGCGGAUGAGAGCGACUUGAAUAUCUUGAUCAAGUCCGUGCGCUUCCUGCUGCACUUGGCGCGUACGAAGCCACUGUCGGAUGUCCUCGACCUCCGCUCCACCACCACCAAAGACAGUCUUUUCUGGCCCGGGGACGCAGACCCCGACAAGAUCACCGACGAGGAGAUCAAGGAAUUCAUCAAGAACUCCGGGCAGUCCGCCUUACACCCGCCCCAGACGUCCUCGGUUAGGAUGGGCACCGAUCCACAGACGAGCGCGGUCGACUCCGAGCUCCGUGUCCAUGGGGUACAGGCGCUCCGCGUCGUCGAUGCGUCCGUCUUCCCGGACCAGGUCUCCGGGCAUCCCUGUGCCGUUGUGAUCGCCAUCGCGGAGAGGGCGGCGGACUUGAUCAAAUCGGCGAGCAUCGGCUACUAA